CAGUCGCAGGUUCCUUUGUGCUGGCCCGAUCGUUUUUUACAGCUGUGGAAUUUGCUGACUAUCCCUGCCCAUUUCUUUUUUUCCGGGACAUUUCAGCUCGAAAGGCCGUUGGUAGGUUGUUAUGUAUUAGCCAUCUCCAUGGAAAUUCCAUUGGUCUUUUUAAUAAGGUAUCUAUUUUUAUGAGGUCUUCCUCCCGUGGGAAACAUCUAACGUCUUGCCAAAUUAUCUCUGCCAAAUUGGCUGUUCCUGGAAUUUAAUUUCCCAGUGAUUUCUCCUGCAAAUAGAUUUGGCUGCAGUUUGGUUCUAGCUGCAGGCAUCUGCGGACGUGCUGAGGCUACUACGUCUUACCACGUCCGCCCAAAGUGACGGCCAAAGUGUGCUGUGGAGAUAUGAGACUAAAAUAUUUAUAGUGAACUAUUGUCUCCUGCCCCCAUAACUUUAUUUCUGGCUGCGAUAAACGUGGGCUGGUCGCGCAACCCCGAGAUUGGAGGAAAACGUGUUCGCUCAAGGCAAGAGAGAGGGAGAGACCAGAUCUCACGGAGAUUGCCCGGGUGCUUGGCUCUCCCGCAUGGUAGCGUAUCACGGUCCCGGCGCAAGUGGGAUUUCAGCAGGUGAUACGAUUAUCGGAGAUAAACGAUCACAUCCAUAUUUAGCAGUGGAUGGCAAGGGGCCCCAGGGAGGGCCCAAUCACGGUUAACAGGUGGCGCAAGCAGCCGUAAUGAAGCCAUUAUCAUGUGGGUAGUGCUGGCCUGCAGCAGUCGGAUUCCUGACCAGAGAUGAAACGGCUGGCAACAUGCCACUCCACCAGGAACCUUCUCUCUGCCUGUGGAAUGUUUCUGCGUAAAUCGGCGGGACCUUUGUGCGGAUAUUUUUGAGCCGGAGUAACACAACCGGAAAACGUGGCUGCGGGAGAAAGGACAACCAUGGAAGACGAUUACGUUGAAGAAGAAGUCCUGGAGGAAAAUUUGCACUGGGAGGACGAAAAUUACUUGCUGGAGCUGGAAAAUGAAAUUGCGGAGUUCUCCCAAAGAGUGGCCGCCAUCCAAGAACAAAAUGCCUCGCAGAUCCAAACUGUUUGCGAGACCUUCAGGGAGAGAAACCGGGCGAUGAGGAAAGACUGGCAUGAGUAUCCAGACAGUUUAUUUGAAUGCUGGGAUGUCCUGUUGGAAGAAGUAGAAUCUGAUGCACAGGUGUCGCAGGAACUAGCCACUUCAUUGGUGCAGAAUGUUAGUCAACCCCUGGGGCAGUUGGCGGAGUCCAACAGGGGACAGACCCGGAAAAUGCACAGAUUUCGGGAUGCCUACGAAACACAUAUAGAAAAGGCUGAAGCAGAAUUGCAAAGGGUACACAAAGAAUAUACAGAAGCCUGGUUAAAAGCCAAACAUGACUCCAGAGAAUCCCACAGAAGCCACUACCUCUCCGUGUGCCACAAUCUCCACAAUGCCUAUCUACUACAGCUGACAGCAGUCAACACUUUCAACCAAGCUUUCUACACUAGAGCUCUUCCAGAAAUGGUGGAUGACCUUGAAGACCUUCAUUUAGAGAUGUUGACUGCACUUUCUAUGUUCCUUGGAAGAUAUGCCAAAACUGCACAAACCAAGGCUUUAGAAAAGAGUAACAGAAUGGACAUGUUGGUACAAGCCUGUAGGACAUUACCCAACAAAACAGACAUCAAAGAGCUUACAGCAAACUUUGCUCCUGACCAACCCCAGAGGCCAAUCCAUAGAUACACUAAACCUGAGCCAGAGGCCAGAGCGGACUUCCUACAAAAUGCAUUGGUGCUAAGUGAUGCGACAGAGCCUGCCUUGUGGAGGAAGUAUGACAUGCUCAAGAAAGAAAUUGAAGAUUUAGAGAUCCUUGUACAACACACAGAUGAUGCAAUAGCUUCUUUAGAGUCCCUGUAUAGAAGUCAUACAGAGAUGCAGUUAUACAGUAAAGCCAGGGAGACCCAGGAAGACAUCACUAAGAAGAAGAGUGACAUCAGGAUGGCAGAGGCACAGCUGUCUGUGUGUAGGGCUCAGAUGAAACUGUUUUCCCCGAUCUUUGGUGGACCCAACCCAGAGGACGACCACUACAACCACAGGCGCAAGAGGAGGUCCCACCACGACCGCGACCAUCCCUCCCGCGGCUCGCGAGAACCACGCGAGCCCCCGGAAUACUCCCACCGCGACCAGCAAGACUAUGCACACGGAAACAGUAGGGAACGCGACAGGGACAGGGACAUGGGGCACUCUCCGCAGAUGCAAAACCGCGCCCCGCAUUCCCCGAGAUCGCAUCAACGACAGUACAGCAGCCACCAGCAGCUGAGUAGCCACGAUCAGAUCGACCACCCCAGGAGGGAUCACCAUUACCGCGGCGGGGAUAACCCCAGGAGUUACGAUCACCAGGGACCGCCACACUCCCCGCUACCGCGUCACUCCUCCAGACAACAGUUCAACAUCGAUAACAUUGGACGGGCGCAUCAGUUUCAGGAAUACACCUACAAGAAGCCCACGUUUUGUGACCAGUGCAAGGAAUUACUCAGAGGAAUUAUGAAACAAGGCGUCCGAUGUAAAAACUGCAGGAUGAACGUGCACCACAAAUGUCAAGACAGCGUCCCCUCGUGUACCGGACAAGCGCCUCCGUCACCAGCUGACCAUGAGCCUGGGCAAGGGAAGGGGUUACGGAGACAAAAAAGUAGCUCCGACAUCGACUACAAGGCACGGCUGGCCUUCGGCAAAGAUGGUCCCCCCUCCACCACACUAAGCUCUGUAGAAAACCCAAGUAUAGACGGGGAGGGGGAAGAGCAAGGUGAAGGAGGACUUGACCCGGUGUUUCACUCUCUACAAGUUGCCAAGAUGAUCUCAGCAGCCAAUAGGAAGGGGAUCUCCACCUCCAAUCCCGCCAGUCCCAAGGCCAGGCGAAGUGCCCAGAGGCCAACCUCACUGUUCAAAUCUGGCAGUUCAGGUGAUUCUGCAGCGGCCAAACCGGGGAGAGCGCAGAGCAGUCCCGUGAAAACUGACAACGCAGCGAAACCCGUGGUGGAUGACAAGCUGAAGGCACAGCCACAGAAAGGGCAGUCUGAUCCUGGGAGUGGUGGAGACACAUCCAAGUCCAAUGGCAAGGUGGUAUCUACCGGCACAGCUGUAAUGCAACCGGAGGAACAAAAAACCAAGUAUCCGUUCCCCGUCCUGAAUCUCGCCGUAUCGCUCCACGAUUGGCCGGGCAGGAGUGAGAAGGACCUGACUCUCAGACCUGGCGAUCGAGUCCAGAUCACGGACGAUGUUGACACCACCUGGUGGAAGGGUAAAUGCAGCGGCAAAAUUGGCUUCUUCCCCGCAAACUAUGUCUUGAAAGUGGCACCAGGUGCCGAAGUGUUGCAGUGUACAGAAACGUUCGGAGGAAAUCCUAAGUAUGGCGAGAUAGAAAUGACAAAGGGGGAUAUUUGUGUCCAGCUGUCGGAUGAAGGAAACGGCUGGUUCCAGGUGCAGACGGAAACCACCAAGGGUUCCUUCCCAGCCAAGUACCUACUGGCCAUUUAGAAACACAACUCAACUUCCUCUUACAAUCAACGCGUUUUAAGUUCAUUUUCAACAUACAAAUAUCGAUAGAAGUGUUAGAGAAAAACCUCUGCUGCAAGUGAUGGCGACCAUCUACUUAAUACUCACUUGAGACUGCUGCUUUUUUCGGACGACGAAUAUACGCGCUUGUAAAACACUGUUCAAGACGGCAAAGUUGGACGGAUUUGUUGAGAACAAAGUUUUGUAGGAGGCACUGACUGUUGCAAUAUAAGUCUUCCUCUACACAGUAGCAAACAUGAAUGGAUAAAAUGGACAUUUGUAAAUGUUAAAUUGUCGCGGUAACGUAAAGCAACAAAGCCUUCGCAUCAUGCACGAGAAACGUCACCUAUGUUUUGAUGUUCAUAAAAGUGUUACAGUUUGACUUUUUUUACAUUCUUUGGGAUGACGAUUUUCCAGGAAAUGAUUUUCCAGGGAUUGAAGGCAUCUUUGGGUUCUUGUCCAAUUGCAUCCGUUGGUAUUAUCCGCUGAGGUCAUAGGGCUGGAGCCUUGGAUAUUACCUUCAGAGAUCCAUGGACUGUUUUCAUCAGCGUCCAUGGGCGCCGCCAUGUUGGAUUGUGACGUCAUGUUGGCGCCAUCUUCUUCCCAGUUUGGUUCUCCACCGAGAAGAGUAAUAUCAUCACGUAAACUGUGGAACUCACUUCUAGUCUCAGUUUUCACUGCCAUAACAAAUGUGAACUUUUUGAAGACUGUAGUCAAUAGGGCUCUCAUAAAUUUUGCUUAGGGUUACUUUACUUGCUAUAUCAACAUAUAUAUUUAUUGGUACAGAGCUAAUAAUAUGCGGAUUGCAAUGUACAUGUAAUUUUGAUGCGGGAUUGUGAUGUGACGCAUUCAUUUUUGUUUCAGAUUUUAUGUUUAUGAUUUGUAUUAUUUGAUGACAUGUAUGAAACCCUAUUCAUCUUCAAUAAUGGCAAAAUUCUCUCUCUAUGUAUCUAUGUAUAUCUGCAAAUACUGAAUUCUAGUUGAAAGUCUUUUCCAGAAUUAUAGACAACUAGAAUUAUGGAUAUUAAUCAUAUAUGUAUGCCAUUUUGUUUAAAGUUUUCUGGUUUUUAUAAGUUCAAUCAUUCAUUUUUAACGCAUGUUCCAUUUGAACGUUUAUUCGAUUUUGCUUUAUCAUACAAAAUAUUUAUGUAACUUUUUGGGCAUAUACGGCCUGAUGAUUAGAAGCUUUGUAAGGUGUAGUACUCACUGUUAUAUUUCUUUAUCCAUCCUUAGUCCACCUUUUAGCGGAUAACAUAUGUUGUGUGAUAACAGUCACUGUUUGUUUUACAUUAUGUAAAUUUUCGGCAUAAAUUAUGUAAAUUUUCGGAAAUCUGGCAGAACUCAGACAUUGGUUGCUUCCAUUAGUUCACAGCUCCGAAAAAAAUAUAGAAACGACUAAAUUACAUCAGUCGGCAUGUAUUCUUGACGAUUUUGACAUAACUAUAAGCGUAUUGGCAAAUCUAAUAGUGUCAAAACUAAGGAGUUUGUGACACAGUGUGAGGUACUAUGCGCAGCAAGGAAGAAAAAUAUAGAUAUUAAACUUUAUCCGAAAUUAUCGACUAGAAUUAUCUGCUGCUUGUUUAUGUGAAUAAUACAACAUGAUAGUGUGUGUCAGAAAUGAGGGACUUCGAAUAUUUCAGGAGUCCGACUUUCGAUAUUUCAGGAAUACGAGGGGAUAUUAAACUAUGGCUAUACUACCGUGA